AUGGACGCCAUUUAUCAAUCAGAAGAUGUUGAUGGAGUUAGAUUCUCAUGGAAUGUAUGGCCAACUAGUCGUGUCGAAGCAACCCGUAAGUUGCUAGUACCAUUAGGUGCCAUGUACACACCAAUGAAACAAAAUCAAAAUACUCUUCAAGUACCAUACCCUCCACUACAUUGCAAGGGUUUAUGUACUGCUGUUUUAAAUCCUUUUUGUACUGUAGCACCACCAUAUAGAACAUGGGUAUGUCCAUUCUGUUUACAACAUAAUCAAUUCCCACCACAUUACAAUGGAUGUAUUACCGAUACUAGCAGACCAAGUGAAUUGUUACCAAAUGCUUCGACGAUCGAGUAUUUGUUGCCAACUAAAGAGUCGGCACCACCCAUCUAUUUAUACAUUGUUGACACUUGUCUACCAGAUGAUGAGUUGCAAAAGUUGAUUGAUUCAUUGACCAUGUCGUUGUCAUUGAUUCCAGAGAACAGCUAUGUCGGUUUGAUCACUUUUGGAUCGAUGGUGCAAGUGUACGAGCUCGGUUUUACCGCCUGUCCCAAGAGUUAUGUGUUCCGUGGUAAUUCGCAGACUGCAUUCAAGGCAGCUACAUUGCUCGACAAGCUCGGCGCACCUGAAACACUCAAUCUUGCCAGCAAGCGUUUCCUCGUGCCCGUAGGCGAAUGCGACGACUCGUUGACAACUAUUUUGGAGGAGAUCCAAAAGGACCCAUGUCGUGUGCCAUCGGACCGUCGUCCACAACGUGCCACCGGUAUUGCCUUCUCGAUUGCCUCAUCACUCUUGCAGGCUGUUGCCGAGCAAGCACCACACACCAAGUUGGCAGCUCGUGUCAUGGCAUUUAUCGGCGGUCCCGCAACCGUCGGUGUUGGCAUGGUUGUUAGCGACGAUCUCAAGGAGCCAAUCCGUUCGCACCACGAUAUCGUCAAGAACAAGGCCAAGCACACCACCAAGGCAUACGCCCACUACAAGUCGGUUGCCGAGCAGGCUGUCGCAGCCGGUCACGUCAUUGACAUCUUUUCGUGCUCGCUCGACCAGGUCGGUCUCUAUGAAAUGCGUGAGAUGGUCAAGUUGACCGGUGGUUUCAUGGUGCUUGCCGAUGGUUUCUUCCAUCCCAUGUUCCAACAAUCCUUCCAGAAAAUAUUCUCGCGUGACCCAGACCACCAACUCAACGUCGGCUACAAUGCUGACAUCCAAGUCACAACCAACCGUUACCUCAAGAUAUGUGGUGCUAUUGGCCAUGUAUCAUCUUUAAAUGUUGCUUCUCCAAAUGUUUCUGAAAAUGAAAUAGGUAUUGGUGGAACAUCAAGUUGGAAGGUAUGUGGAUUAGAUCAAAAUUCUACAUUUGCAUUCUAUUUUGAAAUUGCCAAUCAACAUAAUAACGCUAUUCCAGUGGACCAACCGGGAUUGAUCCAAUUCACCACCACCUAUCAAAACGGACAGGGUAAGCGUAUCAUGAGAGUAACUACUGUGCGUCGUGAAUGGGCUGAUCCAAGCGCCACCAUCUCUACAUUGGCCAAUGGAUUUGAUCAAGAAACUUCUGCCGUGCUCAUGGCACGUCUCGCCGUUUUCAAGGCCGAGACUGAGGAGUUGCCCGACAUUACCAGAUGGCUCGACAAGAUGUUGAUUCGUCUCGUCUCGAAAUAUGCUGAUUUCCGCAAGGAUGAUCCUCGCUCAUUCAACUUGGCUCCCAACUUUGCCAUCUAUCCACACUUUAUGUUCCAUUUGCGUCGUUCCAACUUCCUCCAAGCCUUUAACAACUCGCCUGACGAGUCGUCAUUCUAUCGGUUCAUGUUGAAUCGUGAGAAUGUAUCCAACUCUCUCAUCAUGAUUCAACCAACACUCGAACAAUACUCUUUCAACGGACCACCAGCUCCAGUCGUCUUGUCUGCCACCUCCAUCUCUGCCAACACUAUCCUCCUCCUCGAUACUUUCUUCCACGUUUUAAUUUUCCACGGAGAAAUGGUUGCAAAAUGGCGCAAGGAAGGUUACGAUAAGGAUCCACAACAUCAAACUUUUAGAGAUUUACUUGCUGCUCCAAAGGAAGAUGCUAAAAAUAUUUUAAAGGAUAGAUUCCCAUAUCCACGUUAUAUUGAUUGUGAUCAACAUUCAGGUGAAGCUCGUUUCCUUUUAGCUACUAUUGAUCCAAAUCUUACCCAUGUUAGUAACCCACAAGAACAAGGUAAUGGUGAGGUUGUUUUCACAGAUGAUGUCAAUCUCCAUGUCUUCUUGGAACAUUUGAAGAAGUUUGCUGUUCAAUCCUAA